AAUUGUGUCAUUCCAUGCUCAUGAGUGAUAUUGUAAACCUAAAUAUAUCUAAAUAAUGACAUGUCAUAACCUUUUCCUAGUAGUUCUUGUGAAAGGAAUAAGUCUUCUACGCCCAACGGAUGCAGACGAAGCAGGCGACUGGAAGGAAGAAACGGACUGGGAGCACAGCAGAUGGGCGAUGGCCGCACAGUUCUCGGGGUCACGCGGUCCGGAGUUCCUGCCCGACCUCAGCACCAACGUGACCGUGACGCUCCGGGGCCGUGCCGUCCUGCCGUGCAGGGUUGCUAACCUCAGGGGCAGAUCUGUUUCAUGGAUUCGUCAAAACGAUCUUCAGGUUCUCACCACUAAUGCCAUCACGUUCACCACCGACAAACGGUUCUCCGUGGAAGGCUACAAUAAAGGUGCAGCCGCCGUAUGGGAUCUUCACUUGAGUGACGUCACACAAGCGGACGAAGGAGUCUACCAGUGUCAGGUCAACACCAGGCCAAAGAUAUUCCACCCUGUCAGGCUUCACGUCGUCGAGGGUCGGGCCCACAUAGCGGGCCCACACGAAGUCUACCUCCACGCGGGGUCUCGCCUGCUGCUCACCUGCUGGCUGCUGGCGCCGCCCCAUCCUCCUCCACUUGUAUGGACGCACAACUCCACGUAUAUUUACCCAUUUUUUAGCUGUUUCAAA